AGGAGAUAUAAAGACAAAGCGAGAGUAUAAAACAAUUCCCCAGCAAUCGGAGCUCCAGACCUCAGCUGCUCGAGCUGUCUGCCACAUCGGUUUCCCUGUUUAUCUCCGUAAUACUUUCGAAAUGCCACGCCCAGUGCUGUUAAUCCACGGCGGAGCCGGCGAUAUAUCGGACUCCAGAAUCGUGGGGAAGUUCGUGGGCAUAAAGCAGGCCCUGCGAUCCGCCUGGGGGCUAUUAAAUCCAGAAAAUGGCAGCGGAGGCAGUGCCCUGGACGCUGUGGAGGCGGCGGUGCGCAGCAUGGAGCUGGACGAGAACUUCAAUGCCGGAUAUGGUUCCUGCCUGAACACCAGUGGCCAGGUAGAGAUGGAGGCCAGUCUGAUGGAGGGCCAGGAUUUGCGAGCUGGCUGCAUAACCCUGCUGCGGGACGUGAUGCAUCCGAUAACUGUGGCUCGUCGCCUGAUGGAGAAAAAGCGGCAUACCUUCCUCGGUGGCGAGGCCGCCCAGGAGUUGGCUCUGGCCACUGGAAGCGAGAGACUACAGCCUGGAGCACUGAUCACCGAGGGUGCUCGCUUUACACUAAAGGAGUUCGAGGAGCAGGUGGCACAGGGCAAGGAUCCUUUCUUUGCGCGCACGGAAUUGGCCGAGGACAAAGUCACACCGAAGACAGAUCCCAGUGGUGAGACCGUCGGUGCUGUGGCCAUGGAUGCAAGUGGUCAGAUUGUGGUUGGUACUUCCACGGGUGGCAUCACAGGCAAGUGGCCAGGCCGCAUUGGUGACACACCCAUUCUGGGCAGCGGUACCUACGCAGAUAACUUACGCGGAGGCGUUUCAACCACUGGACACGGCGAGACCAUCAUGAGAUAUAAUCUGGCACAGCGCAUCCUGGCCGCCAUGGAGUACCAGGGACUUUCUGCUCAGGCCGCCGCCGACAAGGAGUGUCAGGAAAUGACCAAGCGGCUGGGCGGUACUGGUGGAGCCAUCGUUGUCGGCAAGUCCGGUGAUCUGGGCAUCAGUUUCACUUCACAUCGCAUGGCCUGGGGAUAUGUGCAGGAUGGCAUCAUUUUCUACGGCAUCGAGGGUCAGGUGGUGCACCAGGAGCCGUUCACAGUUCCCACAUAGGGUGUUCAACAAUCUUGGAAACUUACACCUAAAAAUAACUUGAUGUCUAGAUGGCAAUCUGAACAAAUUUAACGGUCUUUUAAAAUUACAGAAAAUAUUGACAAAUAUUAAAUAAAGUUUUUUAAAACUUUUA